UUACGAGGCGCUCUUGAAGUGCUCUAAUGGCUGCGCGCUGAUACCACUGUGAGGUGUGUGUGUGUGUGAGUAGUUAUGUGGGAGGGGGAAAAGCCCCCUGAGCACAACUCCUGUGUCAUGAAGGACGGUUCACUAGUAGGCCUGUGACCGCCGGACAGCCGCGAUGGACUUCAUGCUGAGCGGGGCGGCCGCGUGCGGAGCCUGCCUGUUCACCAACCCGCUGGAGGUGGUCAAAACUCGGAUGCAACUCCAAGGAGAGCUCAAGACCCGGGGCUCCUACCAGGUUUACUACCGCAAUGUGUUUCACGCUUUUUACACUAUCGGUAAAGUGGACGGACUUGCCGGCCUGCAGAAAGGUCUCGCGCCGGGGCUCGUGUAUCAGUUUUUAAUGAAUGGAGUCAGACUCGGCUCGUUCGCCAUCAUUGAGUCCUCGGGCCACAUCCACACAGAGGGCAGGGUCAGUGCGGUUAAAACCACGCUAGCAGGGGCUGUGGCCGGAGUGGUGGGAGCCGUGAUGGGAAGCCCCGUGUACCUGGUAAAGACUCACCUGCAGAGUCAGUCUACCUCCUCUAUUGCAGUUGGACAUCAGCACAAACACCAGGGGAUGAUCCACGCUCUGGCAGCCAUCUACAGGCAGCAUGGCAUUCUGGGACUGUGGAGGGGCUCCAGUGCUGCUAUCCCGAGGGUCAGCGUGGGGUCAGCUGCUCAACUCUCCACUUUCUCCUCCGCCAAGGAACUAGUGCUUGACUUACAGGUGUUCCCUAAGGACAGCUGGUUCGUGGCCCUCACUGCCGGAAUGAUCAGCAGCGUGGUGGUGGUGAUAGCUAUGACGCCUUUUGAUGUCGUGAGCACGCGGCUCUACAACCAGCCUGUGGAUCAUUUGGGCAAGGGGCAGCUUUAUAAAGGCUUCACGGACUGCUUCUCCAGGACGCUGAAGAAGGAGGGCCUGAUGGGACUCUAUAAAGGCUUGGGAGCCUCUUAUUUCAGGAUCGGCCCACACACCAUUUUGUCCUUGUUCUUCUGGGACGAACUGCGCAAAAUGUACCAGCGCCAGCAGCUCAGAUAACACAAGGGACAAGGAAGCUGGACAAUGGGUAACUCAUUAAGCUCUGCAUUUAAUGAGGUUAAAGGAAAACCAGGAGCUCUUUUCUUGGUGUGGAAGAGAAGAAGCAAAGGUUACAUUUUUACACUCCAAGAUGAAAACAAAUAAGUACUGUCAAACUAUGACAACCUGCAUAGGGACUCAGAGAGAAACGCGUUAGACCUCAUGUACAGUUGGCUCUGUGUCAAACACUAGGGCUCUUUUGUAGCAAUGAAAGUCCUCUGGUGUAUAGCAUGCACUGGACACACGAGAGUAGCUUCUGGAGAAAGCACAACAUGUGGCCACAGUUUGAGGAAAUGAAGGGAUUGUGCCAACACACACAGCAGCAGAGUCAAAGGGAAACACAAUGUAUGAUGUCAGGGUGAAACGGAGCGUUCAGAUUUUACUGUGAAAUUGUUAAAACAAGGCAACGUUUUGAGGAGUGUUGAGUGCUUAUACAAUGUGUGUGCUGGGAUAUUUUACAAACCAAGCCUUACAAUUAUAACAUAUCAAGUGUCUUACUUGUAAAAAAAGACACUUUCUUCGUUUAAUUAAUAGAAAUAGCAAAACAUGUACAUUUUUUAGUACAUUUUUAUUAGUUAUUGAUGACAUAAAACAUACUUGUUUAACAAUUGUCCAUGAUUAAGGUUACCUGAAUGUACUUUACAAUACUAUUUAAUAUAUUUUAAACCUUUAUGCGUUGUGUUUGUUUAUUUUGAAAGGGUCAGAUACAUAACAAAUUAAUUGUUAAUGAAUAGAUAACGCCAUUGAGCAUUUCACUGUAGAUUUAGCUUAUCUGCUAAUGCACUUUUUUUUAAAGAAUAGAUAUACAGUGCAAUACAAAUACACAAUAAAACCAAAAUAAUGCUCAUGAAGUACAGUAAGAGUUGAUGGAGGAAGAAGUUAUUGCCAAACGACUCCUUAAGAAAUGCACUUUGAGUAACAAAUUGUCAAAAUUCACGAACUUUAAACUACCUACAGUAUAUGUGUAUUUUAUAUGUACGUGGUGGUAAAUGUACUUACUGCAAAAAAGUCUGUUUUUGUUUUACAACUAUUCAAACUUUACAUAUAAAUACAUCAUUAUGCUGUUACAGUAUGGGUUUUUAAAAACUUGCUUUUAUUGUUAUUAAUAAUAUUUAGUUUCUAAAACAUUUCAUUUGUAUAAUUUUUAUUUAUGUAACUUCAAUCCAUUUUUCAGCAUUUCUCAGUUUUUUCAGGCCUCCAAAAAGUACCGUCAAAUUCCUUAAAGUAUCAGGUCAUUAAAGUUAGAGUAUAGAGGAUGUCCACUCUUUAUGGGCUGGACAAAUACAAAUACAUCCUGUACAUAUUUUAAUUUGACCCUCUCCAGGUCAGCAAAAGUGUACACCAGUGUUCCUAAAUUAAAUAAGCGUAUAGCCAAAGUGAAGACAGGUUACAUGAUGAAUACAGUUCGUUUCCUCACAGUUUGAAAAUAUCUUUGGUAUUGUGAGUGAAUCACAUUUAACAUGAAAUAAACAAAUUCAACCGUAAAUAUUUA